AUGGCGGACCAACGCAGCUGGGCGACGACGCUGGCAGUGCCCAUCGCAUGCUUCACGGCAGGGUACCUCUCGCACCACUUCAUGACCCGGCCGCUGCCGCAGACCAAGUUCCACAUCGACGCCACGCUGGCGUGCCUCAAGAAGGAGACGUCGCCGUUGACCAAGACGUCGUCGUGGAUCAACCUCGGCUUCUGGACGCGCGACGAUGGCAGCGCCGUGACCUCGUACCCCGAAGCGUGCGAGCUCCUCGCCCUCAAGCUCGGCCGCGCCGUGCAGCUCGAGGCUCACGACAUGGUCUUAGACGCUGGCAUUGGUCGCGGCGAUCAAUGCGUGCUCUGGGCCACCCACUUCAAGGUCGCCAAAGUCAUCGGCCUCGACGUGACGCCGACGCACCUCGACGGCGCGCGGACGCUUGUCAAGGCGUUGGACCUCACGUCGACCAUUGACGUCCACGACUGCUCGGCGACCGCGCUGAGCGCGCUGCCCAAUCUUGCGCUCACAAAGGUGCUCAGCUGCGACGCCGCAUACCAUUUCGAGACCCGGUUUGCGUUUCUCACAGAGGCGUUCAGCGUGCUCUUGCCCAACGGUAUGCUGGGCAUGGUCGACUGCGCCGUCUCGCCCGAGCUCCUUACGUGGAAGGGCUUUGAGCAGGCGCGGCUGCGGGCCAUGUGCUCGAUGGCGAGCAUCCCGUUCGCGAACCUCUGGACCACCGACAUGUUUACGGAAAAGCUCACGAAAAUUGGCUUCCACGACGUACAAGUGACGCCGCUUGACGGGAUUAUGACGGGGUUUGGCGCCUUUGCCGAGGCCCAAGGGCGUCUUCUCGAAGACUGGGGGCUCGCCGACGGCUUUGAGAAGAUUCGGAUGACGGGUCAAAUGCUCUUGCACCUCCACGAACUCCAGUACCUAACCUUUGUGCUUGUGAUCGCGCGCAAGUAA